CGACAACUACCACUCCGGUUACGACAACUAUCACUCCGGUUACGACAACUACCACUCCGAUAACGACAAGCACGACUCAAGUAACGACAACCACAACUCCAGUAACGACAACUACCACCUCAGUAACGACAACUACCACUCCGGUUACGACAACUACCACUCCGGUAACGACAACUACCACUCCGGUUACGACAACUUCCACUCCGGUUACGACAACUACCAAUCCGGAAAUGACAACUACAACUCCGGUUACGACAACUACCACUACGAUUACGACAACUACCACUCCGGUAGCGACAACUACCACUCCGACACUCCAGUAUUGACUACUACCACUCCAGUAUUGACUACUACCACUCCAGAUGCGACAGCUACCACUCCAAUAGCGACAACUACCACUCCAGUAUUGACUACUACCACUCCAGAGGCGACUACUAUCACUCCAGAUGCGACAACUACCACUCCAGUAGCGACAACAACUACUCAAAUAGCGACAAUUACCACUCCAAUAGCGACAACUACGACUCCAGUAUUGACUACUACCACUCCAGAUGCGACAACUACCACUCCAAUAGCGACAACUGCCACUCCAGUAUUGACUACUACCACUCCAGAAGCGACUACUACCACUCCAGAUGCGACAACUACCACUCCAGUAGCGACAACAACUACGCAAAUAGCGACAAUUAUCACUCCAAUAGCGACAACUACCACUCCAGUAUUGCCUACUACCACUCCAGAUGUGACAACUACCACUCCAAUAGAGACAACAACCACUCCGGUAUUGACUACUACCACUCCAGUAUUGACUACUACCACUGCAGAUGCGACAACAACCACUCCAGUAGCGACAACUAACACUCAAAUAUCGACAACUACCACUCCAGUAACGACAACAAUUACUCCAGUAUUGACUACUACCACUCCAGAUGUGACAACUACCACUCCAAUAGAGACAACAACCACUCCAGUAUUGACUACUAUCACUGCAGAUGCGACAACUACCACUCCAGUAGCGACAACAACUACUCAAAUAGUGACAAUUACCACUCCAAAAGCGACAACUACGUCUCCAGUAUUGACUACUACCACUCCAGAUGCGACAACUACCACUCCAGUAGCGACAACAACUACUCAAAUAGCGACAAUUACCACUCCAAUAGCGACAACUACGUCUCCAGUAUUGACUACUACCACUCCAGAUGUGACAACUACCACUCCAAUAGAGACAACAACCACUCCAGUAUUGACUACUACCACUCCAGUAUCGACAACUACCACUCCAGAUGCAACAACAACCACUCCAAUAGCGACAACUACCACUCCAGUACUGACUACUACCACUCCAGAUGCGACAGCUACCACUCCAGUAGAGACAACUACC